UCGUUACGUGUGAACGGGGGUGGACCUGACCGGGGAAGGGGAGGCCUCUCACGAUCGCGAUUAUUUCUGCUUUAUUUUCCACCCUGCCCCGGACGGAAGGCGGAUGUUGGUCCUGACCCGGUCGCUGGACGGUCGCUGAUCUCUGUCCGGGCAGUGUUGUUGGGUCGGAGCCCCGGGGCGCCCCCCUCCCCUCUCGGUGUCGGUCGACGCGUCCAGACGUCCAGCUGGUCGCUUUCAGCUCCGUUCAAUUAUUCCAGCGAAAACUCGGCCGUUUGUUCGCAUUAACGGGAGGCUUUGGGCUGGAAGCGGCGGACGGACUCGCUGCCGGUGGACUCUGAGCCGCACAGGACGUCGGUGUCGGUCUCGCGGCGGGUUUUGGCUGGUUUUUGUCGCCGAGGCAGCAGGCCGCACACCGAUCCCCGGCCUCGCGUUUUCGUCGGAAGCCAUGGGAGACACCAGCGAGCGGAGCAAAGCGCCCAGCCUGCCGCCCCGCUGCCCCUGCGGCUUCUGGGGGUCCAGUAAAACUAUGAACCUGUGUUCCAAAUGUUUUGCCAAUGUUCAGAACAAACAGCCGGGGGACGACUGCACCUCCAAGCCCAUCCAAAGCAGUGGGAGUAGUCAAUCGUCCGUUUUCACUAAUGAGAUGAACAGUAGCACGAGCCAGUCGCUAUCACCUUCUCCGCCGCCAUCUAGUUCCGAGCAGCCGUUAACCGAAGAAUCCUCAUCCACAUUUGCCAGCACCAGGGAAGGUGUGUCGUCAUGCACAGAAACGGGUCAGGGCACGCUUUGCACACCCACAAAACGUCCACGAGAAUCAGCCUCCAGUCCAGACAGAGAGGCCACACCAAAGAAACGGCCACGAACAGACGAGAAGGAAGUGAGCGACGAGGAUGCCGGUGGGACGCCCAAGCAGAAGAACCGCCGGCGCUGCUAUCGCUGCCAAACUAAGCUGGAGCUGGUGCAGCAGGAACUGGGUUCCUGUCGCUGUGGCUAUGUCUUCUGCAUGCUUCACCGUCUACCCGAGCAGCACGACUGCGUGUUCGACCACCUGGGCCGCGGGCGUGAGGAGGCUGUCCUCAAGAUGGUGAAGCUGGACCGCAAGGUGGGCCGCUCGUGCCAGCGCAUCGGCGAGGAGUGCUCCUGAUCGGCCACCGCGUGACCAGCCAGUUACAGAGGAGCUUUGGAGGGAGAGCCUGGAGGAGGGACUAACGGGUCCGGGGGAGGGGGGGGGUGGUGUUCUCAACAUCCUGCAUCUGACCCCACGUUUCUGGAUCUGAGCUCUGAGCGCCGCCCCGUCUGUGGAUGUGAUUUCUGGGACGUCUGUUUGGACUCGGCGUUGCAGGGGGCACUGGGGGCCGUUCUGCGGAGCCACACCCCCAUAUCGCACUUUCACCCACGCAGCCUUAACCCCGCCUUGCUUUCAGAGGGAGGACUCUGCAGAGAUAGAUCCAGUCACGUGGUUCUCGUGCACGUUGCCAUGGUUUCCUCCUCUAACAGGUUUUUUUUUUUUUUUUUUUUUUUUUUUUUUUUUUUUUUUUUCUUCUCCCGCUGCAGAAAGUUACAAAAGACAAACUGACAUUUUGUCUGAACUCAGUCUUGUGGAUUCAGGAUGUUUUUGCCCCCCCCCCCCGGGGGUUGUUUCUUUCUUUCUUUUCAAUACCUCCCCCCACCUUUUUUUUUUUUUUUUUUUUUUUUUUUUUUUUGGGUGUCUGCGUUGGAGUUCGUGCACGGCGUCACUCGAUGAGUUCUGCUAGUGCACGUUAGUGUGAGCGUGUCACUUGUUUCACGUCAAGCGCUCAUGGUUUUUUUUGUUUUCCUGCUCUCCUGGUUGUCAUGGUGAUUAGCUCCAUUUGUUUCCUGCUUCGGGACGACAACAUUCUGUUCCCACGAACUGUUGGAGAAUACCGAAGUCUUUGAUAAAUCCUGAUUCUCUGACGGAGGAGAUAAACUCUGUUCAUUCUCCAGUGAAGCCGACACUCUGAUCUGUGUUUCAGUUCUUGGAGUUCUGCAGGAAACUGAUGUGCGGCUGAAAUGUCCGAUUUAGUCCUUUUUGUUGUUGGGUUACAUUUAAGAAGAAACUGAGCUGACAGUCAGUGUCUCUGUACGUUUGCUGAUUUUGUCACCUGAGUGCAAAACUUGGAACUUCCACAGUUUGUUUUUGUUUUUAAAUUUGUUUCUGAUUGUAUACUGAUUGGCCCCGCCCCCACACAGAAUGGGUUUAUCGUAAAUUGUGCCAGAAUAUUAUUAUAAUUAUUACGUUUUUGUAAUCUACUACCAUUAUUAUUUUCCAUAUUAACUUGUCUGUGGGUCGGGCAGCUUUUAGGAACCACCUGAUGUGACGACAUGUCCGGUCGAGUCUCAGUCCUCUGCACACAAACAUACGAUAACCAUCUGAAGGCAAGUCACGUGGGGGUCACAUGGGGUCAAUGAGGUAACUCCAAACUACUUCCAUAUGAUUGAAGCAUUUUUAAACUUUGACCCCUGUGUAACCCUUCAUUGACCCCUUCCUGACUCCAGCUGCCCUUCUGGGACCAUAACACAUUCAUGUCGGUCUGAACUGGGAGUGCUGUAGGUUCCACUGGCUCCAGGUUCACAGACAAACUGAUUAUUGUUUUAUAAAAUGUGAGGGGAAAAGUUCUGAACAUCUCUCCGGUUCUGAGAGGUCUUAAAAAAAAUACUUCUGAGCAAACACGAGUCCAAAAUUCAGACGUGUUCAUCUCAAAUUCAGCCAGUAGAAACCAGUUUACCACUCGUGUGUACUCAUUUAAAAGGUAAAAUCUGUUUGACACUGAUUUAAAGGCACUUUAAUCCAGUGUAAUCCUGGGGUGAUACAGGUUAAAACCAGAUUAUCCCAAAUUUAGCCAGAAUAAGAUGUUUUACUGUUGGUUUAGAGCAGUUUAAAAGAAA